UUCCUUUACUUAAAGAUUGACCUUUUUUUUUUUUUCUUUAUUCUCUACAUCAAUAUAGAAAAGCAAUGGGCUGUCAAGGCAAGGAUCUAAAAAAAAAAUAUGCAUGCAAUUGAUAUUUACAAGAGAAAAGGAAUGAGGCGUACGUGUUGUGCUGUGCUGAUCUGUACAAUAUGUGUUACAUGAUGUCUCAUUGUGAAUAUGAAUCCAAUGGAUAACUAACUACUUAUUUUUGGAAAAUAGGCUAUGCAUCACGCCGAAACAUAUUUCAACUUGAUCUCCCGUAUGGAUGGUAGUAAACUUCGUCUCACAAGCAUUGAUGAUGAAAUUUACCAGGAUUUUGAAGAAAGUUUCCCGGAAAUCGAUGUAUUACACUUGAACGAAAAUUUAUUCAAAUCUCCAGAAGCUAAGGAAAAAUGGCGUCUUUGGAUCAACAAGUAUGAAAAACGAGUGAAGGAGUUUAACUUUGGAUCUCUUAUUCGUGUGGAUGCCCGGGAUGAUUACACAGAACAAAACACAAUGUUUGGUGUCCGCAUGCAGUUCUAUGCUAUUGAAAUUGCUAGAAACAAGAAAGGAUUGAAUGAUGCUCUCCGAAAGUAGUUAGUUGUAAUAGUCAUAUUUAUUUCCCAAAUUAGAUUAGAUAUUUAAAAAAAAAAAUUGUUUAUGUAGUAUUAGUCAAUUAUAAUAAACGGAUGAUCCUGAUUUUACCUUUUUUGAUAAUUGACA